UGCCUGCGAGCCCCUUUAAAUUGCGGGUUGGCAGAGCCCUGGGCACAGCCUUCAUCAGCAUGGCACCGAGCAUCCUCCUGCUGGGGCUCCUCACCCUGUGGGCACAGCUGCAGGCAGCACCCAUUGCAGAGUUCCAUGGAGUGGCUCCAGCUGGGUGGCCACCACCAGGGCAGCUGGGAAGCACUCUGAGCCUUGAGCCUGGGAGAGAGCUCAGCACGGUGCCUGGCAAUGGCAAAAACAGCUCCAAUAGAGGUGAAACUGGUGACUCCAGUAGCCGUGAAACUGGUGAGUCCAGUAGCAGUGAAACUGGUGAUGAUGGCAAUAAAAAUCAGCUUUGUGAUUGCAAUGAUCAUGAUCAUGCUGGCAACGACAGUGAUGGUGAUGAUCAUGAUCAUGGUGUCCACAGUGACAAUUCCAAUAGCAAAGAAGAUGGUGAUGAUGGUGAUAAAAAUGACCUUUUUAAUGGCAAGGACAAUGACAAUGGUAAUGGUGGCAAUGACAGUGGUGAUGGUGUCAGCAGUGACAAUUCCAAAAGCAAUGAAGAUGGUGAUGAAGGUGUUAAAAAUGAUCUUUCUGAUGGCAAGGACAAUGACAGUGAUGAUGACAGUGAUGAUGGCCAUGGUGCUGGUGAUGAUGGCAAUGAUGAUGGUGAUGAUCUCAUCAAUGAUGAAAAUACCAAUAGCAAUGAAGAUGAUGAUGAUGAUGGCAUCAGUGAUGAAAAUUCCAGUAGCAAUGAAGAUGAUGAUGAUGAUGACAUCUACAGUGACAGUUCCAACAGCAGUGAAGAUGGUGACUCCAAUUACAAUGAAUAUGAUCACUCCAAUAGCAAUGAAAAUGAUUCUGAUUAUGGGGGGUGGAGAUAUUAGAAUGUAAGGAUGUAAUUGCCCUGGGAUCAGAGAUUUUUGGGUUCCUCUUUUGUAGUAUCCAGCUCAGGUUACCAGAUUUCAUGCCUGAUCUGUGCCAAUAAAUGUAUCUAGUGAAUAUGAGAGCUUAGUGUCAAAAAUUUCUUUAACAGCUUGGCAUCUCAAGUGGGGCACUUGUUCACUUGCCCAUUUCCUUCCAAGCACCAGAUAUCCAAAUUUGCAGCAGUGGAUGGUUUCACCCAGGAGUUCUGGAGUAAGGAAGUGUAAAAUCUCUAAAGGAGGUUCAAGUCCUGCCUUCUACAAGCUGGAGUUUUGUGGGUUUUGGGAAAGAUGAGUUAUGUACCUGGCUUAAAGAAGGGGAUGCCCUUAGCUGAGGCACUGCAGAACAGGGAGAAGACAGUUGGCACUGCUAAAUGAUCCCUAAAACUCUCACUGAUUUCAUGCCAGGAGGAAUGGUCACAUACUACUUGACAUGCUGGGACAAAACCUGCAGAAGUGUGGCCCACACAGGGGAUUUCAAAGAGACUGUUCUGAUUUGCCUUCAGCACAGAUUACAGGCCUGGUACACAGGGCAGAUGGAUGUGUAUGGGAUAACUGAGCUCGGGAAAAGCAGCAUCUCAGGAGUGGGGUUGGUACAUGAUAUCCUGAGGUAAAUUCCAGCCCAGACCCUGCUCCUCUCUGUGUGCCCAAUGAAAAGGAUUUUCCACUGUCUGUUCCUGUUGCUUUGCUUUCUGUGCUCACUGCUACUUCACCUGCAACUGCCCAAAUCCAAUCUGGACAAAUUAUGCGAGUCCUGUUAUCAAUGGGCAGCCAGCAAUUGUUUUAAUUUAUAUCCAUUGACCCUGCAUUACAGAGAUUUAGUGCUGUGGGCUACUGACAUGCUAAGGCUGAGGGAAGAUGCAGAGCAAUGUGCUCAAUGAUUUUCUUUCAAAUUUGUGCUCCACAUAAUGAAAACUGGCAGGAUUGGAAAACUGUGGAAGAAAAGCUAAAGGUGGUCAGGGAAUGUAUAAAAGAUGAAAAGACCAAAGGAGUUUUUUGUAAGAUAUUGGACACUUGCACAGAAGCUGCCUGUUAGGACAGGAAAAACUAUAGCAGAGAGAAAUAAGAUCUGAGAGAGAAAUAGAGGGUUGCAAAGAAGCUGUAUUAUUGUCUUUGAAAAUUGAGAAGCUGCAUAAACAGGAAGAAAAGCUACAGGAAGAAAAGGAAAAAAAAUAAAAGUCAGAAGAAAAGACUGAAGUUAUAUUUAUGUGGACUCCCUGUCCUCUCAUAUUGUAUAGAUUAAAAAACUAACUUUUAUCCCCUGAAGAAUGAGAUUGGAAACAUUUGGGUAGCCCUGACCAUAGUGAACCUGGAGAAGAUUGUUCUUUGUUUCCUUCAAAUCCCCCUGAAUAUGAAACCAGACUCAUUAGAGAAACAGAAGAAACCAGUGCACCUUAGGAUAGAGUGGGAAAUUAUACUCCAAACCAGCCCCAUUUGAUUUGAUUUAGAUGAGUGAUCUGCAAGAGCCCUAUGGCUGUAAGCCAGGCCAGACUGAAAUCUGGCAAUUGAAAUCCUAUUAAGGCAGACACAAUAAUGGUCCAGACAUUCUGAUGCUAUUGGACAAAAAUUAAUGCAAUUUUUAACAGACAUGGGAGCACGAGAUUCAGUUUUAACAGAAUGUUGUUGGUUGUUCAGCCUGGUCAGCAAAGAGUUAAAGUUGCUGGAGUAAGCAGAACAAGUGCCAAAGCCAAACCACCCAGGGUAAUUCACAGCCCCUGGGCAAGAGCACGUGUUGGCAUGAAGUGCAUGUCAGCCACUUGCUGUGCACUCAGAGAUCAUAGUGAAGCAUUUGGGUUUUGGUGUUCUGAAAGGCCAAACCUGGUGUCUGCUGUCCUGCAGGGUCAUUUGGUCCUGCAGCUCAAAUGCCAGCCCUACCCUGAUUUCAGGAGGCUGCAGUGUGUGCUCUGUGCAGCUCCUGCACUCCCUGGUUCAACAAUCACUAAUGUACCACAAUACGCAGCUCCUGCUGCAGCAGAGUGGGAUUUCUGCAGCCACACACCCCUGGAUGGCAGCACUGGAUAUGAAAUAUGUGUCCUUUGCAGCCCCCUUAUUAGAGGGGAAAACAAAAAUUGGUAUUUCCUUGAGAAGGGAAAAUAUACCUUUAACAAACUCCCACUGGAGUGUAAACAUUUGCUGGUUGUUUGUAGUAAUUCCCCUGGCAAGAAACCAAAUGAAGGGAAAGAAUCCCCAGAAUGUGAGGGAAGACUGUGGCUAGGGAAAAACUAAAGUUUGUAGCAAAGCUGGAGACUGGAGAGGAGCUGGGGGCUGGUGGGAAGCUGGAGGCAUCUGGGAGAGAUCUGUGCUGGGGGAGAAGCCAGAGAAGCCUGAGGAGGGAAAGAAUCCUGGGUCUGACAGGGAGGCAGAUGAUGGCAAUGAUGAUGAUGGCUGUGGUGGUCAUGACUGCUGAAAAUUUUCUAUUAUUUGAAAGUAGCCGAGUGCUUGUUUGAUAUCAGGACCUGGACCUGUAAGGUGCAAGUUGAACUUUAUCUGAACCAUAGUGGGUGUGUUGUGUAGGUAAAAUAGAGAGAGUAGUGAAACCCAGGGCUGACAACCUGAACAUUCUACUAGAAUAGACAAAGCUGUAGCUUAAAUGUUACUUAAAAAUGAAUAGCUGGAGUGGGCAGCUCAUAGAUCAUGGUGUGUGAACUGUAACAACCGUAUUGUAGCAUGGACCACAGAUCUGAGUGAAACCCCCACCAACACUGACCUCAGAGGGUGUGAAAAUGAGCCAUGGCAGCCACUGGGUAACAAAGCAGUGAGGCAAUGAAGAGUGAGGAGACCCCAGAGCCCAACAAGACUCUUGAUCUGGACUGUCAUGUAAGGGAUGGGGAGUUUACACUCUAAGGAUGUAAUUGCCCAGAGAUUUCAUUGUUUGAGCUCCUCCUUUUGAGGUUGCAGCUCAAGCUACCAGAUUUCAUG